UUUGAUCUCAUAUCAUAUGGAUGGAUACGUUUGUGUGUUGAUGUGGAGAAUAUGAAGAUUAGAUUAGGUAUCAAUCUGAACAAAAUCAGAAGUAUAAAGCAUUAGUUGAAAACAAUGUAGGGUUUCAACGAGCAUAUCAAGUAAAAUAAAAGGGCUUCCCGGAAAUAAAGAUCAUCUAUAUAUACCCAAUGACUUUCCUUACCAUACUCAAACCAUAUCUCCCCAUUACUUACACCAAUACACAGAAAACUGCUUACAUUAAUACACUUAAACGCACACAAACAUUCAUAUAUCAUCAAUGGAGAAGAUCUCAAAUUUGCUAGAAGACAAGCCAGUGGUGAUAUUCAGCAAAACUUCAUGCUGUAUGAGCCACACUAUCAAGUCACUAAUAUCUGGCUACGGUGCGAAUUCAACGGUAUAUGAACUAGAUGAGAUGUCUAAUGGACCGGAGAUCGAACGAGCACUGGUCGAGCUUGGAUGCAAACCGACCGUGCCAGCUGUCUUUAUAGGACAACAGCUCACAGGUGGUGCAAGUCAGCUUAUGUCUCUUCAAGUCAGGAACCAGCUAGGUUCGUUGCUCAGAAGAGCUGGUGCCAUAUGGAUUUAAGUGGCCUUAAUCGUAACUAAGCGCGUAAUGUUUAUACUUAUAUGUUUUUAGUAUAGCGUGUGAUCAGCGUUUGAAGCAUAAUAUAUAUAGUAAUUACAAGAAAACUAUUUAGCGUCAAUCUGAAUACAAGAGAAACAAAAUAAAAAAUAGCGAUUUGAUUCAACUUCGCUUGUGUUUUGAAUGCAAUCGCAGUUGUUAAGAAGUAAAAUUGUAUUUGCGUAAUAAAUAUUUACUCGAGUA